GGCGACGGUCUGCUCCACUUCACUGACUGAAGUAGGGAUGUCUACAGUGAAGAAGAAGGGGGAGGGAGGUACCACUUUGUCACAGGCUGCUAUGUAGAUUAACCUUUCAAUUAGUUGUUAUCAGGUCCUCUCUGUCUCAGCGCGAGCCUUCAGCGAAUCGUUUAGAGAUUAAAAAUACAAGGAAACCCCCAUAUGGAUGUGCCGCUGUGAGUGUGAUUAUUUAUAUCCGAUCGUCGUUUCAGUCAUCGUGUUAAUAAAGAAGAGGACUGUAUCCGAUAAAGAAAACUUGAAGAGUUAUCAUUUGGAUCUUGAAGGAACUUACGUCAUUCGAAGGAAUCGUGUUCCAGGUCGGUCGGUAACUGUCCCAACCUUCGAGGAAUUUACUAUCUAGCUACUUUCAUCUUAUUUUGUGAGGUUACAUGUGAGCUUCUACCUUGGAUGAGGAUUUACAGCAGGAAUAUAUUGAUGCCGAGGUGGAACAUUACUUUUUGACCUUCAAGAUGUGUUGGAUGUAUCAAAUGUUUCACAACAACAAGGGAUAUUCUCUAUGGAUCACUUUUUCCUAAAUCUCAUUGUUUAACCAUGGUGGAACUUGCUAACCCUCUGUAUACGGAGUGGAUUCUAGAAGCAAUACAGAAAAUUAAAAGGCAAAAACAGAGGCCUUCCGAGGAGCGGAUUUGUCAUGCGGUGGCUACCUUACACAGAUUGGACAAGAGGACCGUUCUGGAGCAGUUGGAGUUAAGUGUUCACGAUGGUUCCAUUCUCAAAGUCACCAAUAAGGGGAGCGUGUCGUACAAAGACCCUGAGCACCCUGGGAGAGGAGUAUCUUCAUCAACAACAUCGCUCAAACCUGUUAGUGCAAACCUCUCUGUCCCAUUGUCUAAAGGAUCUAUAUGGAAUCCCAGUGAACUUCGCCACGUUGACUGGAAUAAAAUUCUGAGGAGGGCCAUCGAGGGUCUGGAUGAUAACCACGGUUCCUCUCUGAAGAACAUCCAGAGGUACCUAAGGAACCAGGAUGAUCUAUCACACGUCCUGGACAACCCGGGGUUUCAGCAGAGGUUACGACUGUCCGCCAAACGGGCAGUCAACAACGGCCGGCUGGAGAAGAACGGCCCACUCUACAGGUUAAACCAGGGGGGUAGUGGAGUGGAGGGGAGGAGCCAGAGGUGUCCAGGUGCUUCCCCAUUGGCUCUUCAGUGUGUCACUCUUCUUCCACAUGAGAGCGACCAGCUACGCGCUGACCCCAUCCCAAUAUGCAGUUUCUGUUUGGGAACGAAAGAGUCCAAUCGGGACAAGAGGCCAGAGCAGCUUCUCUCCUGUGCAGACUGUGGGAGCAGCGGGCACCCAUCUUGUCUGAAGUUCUCCCCAGAGCUGACCACAAAUGUGAAGAGAUUGCGAUGGCAAUGUAUAGAAUGUAAAACCUGUAGCUCCUGUCGAAUACAGGGCAAAAACGCUGGAAGCCACCACACAGCCCCACACAUGCCUCCUGUCUCCUUGCAGGACGAGAUGCUGUUCUGUGACUCUUGUGAUCGGGGGUUUCACAUGGAGUGCUGCAACCCACCACUCUCAAGGAUGCCAAAAGGUACCUGGGUAUGCCAGGUAUGCAGGCCCAAGGAAAAUGGAAAGAAACUGCUGCAUAAGAAAGCCGAUGAGAUCAAACGUCGAUAUGCAAAGCCAAUCGGGAGGCCCAGAAAUAAGCUCAAACAUAGAAUGUCUGUAAGCAGUGGUGACGGCUCCAUGCUAGCCCGGGGAGGAAGGGGGUCACCUGGUAGGGGUCAAAAGCUUACCGUCUGUUCCACACCUUCAUCUGGUCAUGCAGCAUCUGUGAAGGACGCCACAGACUUAUUGGCUGUUGCUACAUCAAACCCCUGUUGGGCCGGUGACGCUGUCACCUUCACCACCCAAUUCACCACCUCUUCCACCCCCUCCACCACCCCUCCCCUCACGCCCACCUCGUCCUCCUCCACCCCAGCAGUUACAGUCACUGUUAACAAGAAAACCAAAGGGCUUAUCGAUGGGCUUUCCAAAUUCUUUACCCCCUCGCCUGUCGGCCGCAGGUCGUCGCGAGCCGGCGAAAUCUUAGACCCCUCUGCCCUGAAAGGGUCACAGUCUUGUUGUCCUGCUAGGAAAAAGCCGGGCACUCCGCCGAAACUAUGGAAACUCAGUCCGUCUCAGUCAGUCGUUGGCUUAGCUGCAAAGUCUGAUACAACUCCAAGUCAAAAGCUAACCACCACCACCAUUUCUCGCUGUACACUCCCUCUCCCACCCCCACCCACGUCACUUGGACAUAGCCCCACCACCUCCCUGGUCUCCUCCAGCUCCACCUCCGCUAACUCCCCCCAGAGUUCUUCCAGCCAGUCUAGCGUCCCCUCCAUCACCAGUCUCUCUAAUCACAACCAACUUAAGGGACUCUUUGACGGACUCUCCCAUAUCUAUGCCACUCAGGGACAAUCUCGGAAAAAGGGACUGCCUUGCUACGCACCACCUAAGCGCAGACACCGUAAGCAGGACUUAGGGUCCUGUGCCACCGCGUCCAAAACAUAUCCUCUCAUUCCCCAUCCUCCCCAACAGCGCCUCGGAAAGAAAGAGAUGACAAAGAAUAGGUUGUUGUUGUCGUCCCACUCCUCCUCCCAUCCCAGGCCUGGCCGGCCCAGGGGGCGCCCCUUUAAGGUGGUCAGUCACUUCAGACGUAGCCCCUUUUUAAAAAAGCACAGGAUGCUAGGCAGGCUAAGAUGUAGAGUGACCCCUCAGAAGGGACCCCAGGAAACACCAGGAAAGGGAGACAUGACAGACGAAGGAAGAAUUAAGGCAGAGCACGACCAUGGCUGUGAAGGUGAAUUGAGGGUGAAGCAGGAACCUGGCUUCGUAGCGGUCUCCAGGGAACAUGUCACAGAGGAAGACGUGGAGAUAUUCACACAGGUCCAAGAGCUCUCGUCGCAGAGAAAUGGAACCAUGACUAUCACUAACUCUGGACGAUACCCGGCCGUCAUUGAGUUUGGGAAGUAUGAAAUCCAAACCUGGCACUCAUCGCCUUACCCACCGGAGUACUCAAGAUUGCAAAAGCUUUACCUGUGUGAGUUCUGUCUGAAGUACAUGAGAUGCAAGAGCAUCCUCCAGCGACACGCCAAGAAGUGUGGCUGGUUUCAACCUCCAGCCAAUGAGAUUUACAGGAAGGAUGACCUUUCAGUGUUCGAGGUUGAUGGAAAUGUUAGCAAGCUCUUCUGCCAAAACCUUUGCCUGUUAGCCAAGCUGUUCCUGGAUCACAAGACCCUAUAUUACGACGUGGAGCCUUUCCUUUUUUACAUACUAACAAAGAACGACGAGAAAGGCUGUCACCUUGUGGGCUAUUUCUCCAAGGAAAAGCUUUGCCAGCAGAAAUACAAUGUCUCCUGUAUAAUGAUCAUGCCUCAGUACCAAAGGCAAGGCUUUGGAAGGUUCCUCAUUGAUUUCAGUUACCUUCUGACAAGGCAGGAAGGACAAGCUGGCUCCCCAGAGAAGCCUCUGUCAGAUCUGGGUCGCUUAUCCUACCUGGCAUAUUGGAAAAGUGUCAUGGUGGAGUACCUCUAUAAGCAGCCAGAUAAACACAUCAGCGUUAAAGGAAUAAGCAGGGCCACUGGGAUGUGUCCGCAUGAUAUCGCCGCUACUCUCCAGCAUCUCUGCAUGAUUGACAGGCAGGACGGCAGGUUUGUGGUGAUCCGAAGAGAGCGGUUGAUCCAGAGGCACAUGGAGAAGCUGCGAGCCAGCCCCAGGCUGAACCAGGUGGACCCUGACGCACUGCACUGGACCCCCAGCCCCAGGUUGAACCAGGUGGACCCUGACGCACUGCACUGGACCCCCAGCCCCAGGCUGAACCAGGUGGACCCUGACGCACUGCACUGGACCCCCGCAGUGGCCCUCAACGCUGUCCUGUCUGAGGAGGAGAGAGAGAUCGAGAUGGAUGCUGAGCGACUGAAGGAGCAGGCUAGUUGGGAGAAUGAAGAGAGAGCGGUGUCCUAUCUGAUGACUAGCAUACAUCACCCUCGUCCUCCCACUAAGGUCUACAGUAAGAACCCCUUCAGAACAUAUGAGCGUCGCCCCACAACCGCUGGAGACCAAAGACUGCACGCCUCUGAGGAAUGUAGUGGUGACAAAGAUGAGGAUGAUUCUGAUGGAUCGCCUCCCAUCCUAACGAAAGCCCAUGCAAUGUUUGGUGUCAAGAGAAAGAGAGAGAGAGCUGAGAGAGCUGUCAUGCUCAAGAAGAGAGGUCGCAAGAGAAGAAGGAUUAAUAGCAGUGUGACGACAGAGACCAUCUCUGAGACGACGGAGGUUCUGAACGAACCGUUUGACAACUCUGAGGACGAGAGGCCCAUGCCCCUGCUGGAGAGGACCUGCAGGGUGGGCGAGAUGGAGGAGGAGGGGCUGAGGAAACCAGUGAAGAGACGCAGAGGUCGUCCGCGGCUGGAGAAAACCACGGAUAGAGACAAUCGUGAACACUGGAAUGAAGUAGCCGGUGUCCUGUCAAAGAAACCGGGCAGGCCUCGAACGGUUAAGCGCAAGAAGGGCUGGCCCAAAGGAGUGAAACGGGGGCCUCCAAAAUGGCGUCUGAAGAAGGAGAGGAAGAUGGGUUUCAAGCUGAACCUGUACACUCCCCCCGAGACGCCGCUGGAGGCCGAGGAACCCCACAUCCAGGCCGAGGAGCCCAAGGAGGAGCCGGAGGACCAGGACAAGGCCUCGACCAUCACGGAGGAGGAGUCAGAGCCUGGCAGAGACCUGGUCAGUCGUGACACAGUUAUGGACAAGCGCCUGCCCUCAGAGCCCCACAUUCCCAUGGAGGAAGAGAGUCCUAGUAAACUGAGCUCCCCUGGGGUAUCUCCUGUGGCUUCUCCCAUGGCCUCUUCUCCAGUAGCCUCCCCUAUGGCCUCUAGAGCUAGCUCCCCUGUCUUCUCUCCUGUUGGCUCCGCUAUGUGUUCUCCCGUCAGAUCCCCCAUCCGUGACGAACCACCGGAGGAGGACCCACAAGCCAGUGAGCACGGGGACUCUCAAGCUCCUUCUCCAUCCAAACAGCUGGACCACAGCACUGAAAGAUCAGCCGAGGAUGAUGAAGACGAAGAGACCACUCACCUGGACGCGGACGAUGAAGACGAGAGUCGCAUGGAGUCGACGGCAGAGCCAGAGAAAGAAGAGCGGAAGGAAGAGCCUUGUCUGGAGCCUCCUGACGCGGAGUCCUGCACCACCCUGACUUUUUUACAUCCAAAUGACAACAAUAAGGAUUCUGAACGACGUAAGGAGGGGUCUGAAGGGAUGGCCUAUAGGCGUGAGGAGGAGCUGCCGGCCAACACUGGAGACGAGAAAAGAGAUGGUAUCCAGGAACAGGCCCCAACCACAGUAGCAGCAGUAGACUCUGACCACCCCGUUGACUCCGAGUCAGAGGAGAGUAGCAGUCAGGAGGCUCGACGCCAGCCCCAGCAGACAGAAAGGGAUAGAGAGAGUCCUUCUGCUGUGCUGAGAGACCGAGAGGAGGAUCGAGAGGAGGACCGAGAGACGGCCCAGGCCGUGCAGAGCCUCACCCAGGAGACAGAGCGCGACACAGAGACACUGCAGGACAGCUCCAGCUCGGUGUUCCACCAGGAGGCGAGCCACAGCCUGCAGACCCACCCUAUGGUCCCCCAUAGCCCCCCUCACACCCUAACUUCGCUGGACGAAGGCUGCCCCCAGUUGGACCACAGCAGCCCCCUGUCCUCGGCCCACUCCCACCCCAGCCAGUCGGUGCGCUCUGUCAGCAGCCCAGCGUUGUCCAUCCUGGAGAGUAGCAGAGGCAGCAGCAGUGGAGGAAGUGGCGCAGGAGGAGGUUACACCCAGAUCAGCCCUGACCACGGCUCCAGCGGCGGAGCCUCCAUCUCAGUACCCUCCUCCCUUCACAACAUGGAGACCAGCCCCAUGAUGGACGUGCCGUCGGUGUCGGACCACUCAUCCCAGCAGGUGGUGGACAGCGGCUUCAGCGACCUGGGCUCCAUCGAGAGCACCACAGAGAACUAUGAGAACCCCAGCUCAUACGACUCCACACUGGGGGGCAGCAUCUGUGGCGGUGCCGGGGGUCCGGGCGGACCUGGGGGCCCCCCUCAGAACAGCUGUUCCUACGGCCCCCUCCCCCCCAGUGGCCUGGUGCAGAGCAGCUGUGCCGUCAGCCAGCAAAUGGGGGGUGUAAACCCUGGAAGCUGUGGCAUGAUUCAGCAGAAUAGCCUGAGCUCCCCGCAGCACUGCAACGUCAAGUCACCACAGGGCUGUGUGGUGGUGGUGGAGAGACCACCGAGUAAUGGUCAGCACAGUCACAGUCAACACAGCCAGCACAGUCACAGUCAAACAAUCAUACACAAUCCCCAUGGCCAUACUAGGCACACUAUCACUCCACACAAUCAGCAUCCGCAACAUAAUCAGCCUCACAGCGCUCCACACAAUCAACACAGCCAGAUAACGCAACACAACCCACACACACACCCUGCACACAGUCAGCCACAUGGUGUACAUCACAAUCAACACAGCCUUCACAGUCAACACAGCCUUCACAAUCAACACAAUCAACACGGUCAACACAGCCUUCACAAUCAACACGGUCAACACAGCCUUCACAAUCAACACAGUCAACACAGCCUUCACAAUCAACACAGCCACAGUCAGCAACAGGCCAUGACACAGUGUGGCAUGCCUACCAACUUCACGGCGCCCAUUCAGCUAGCUGACAUCCCUGAGUCAGGCAACCCCAACCUGAGCAGCAUCUAUGAGAGGAUGAACCAGGAGGGCUAUGGCAGCGGUCAUUACUCCCAGCCCUCGGCCACCUUCAGCCUGGCCAAACUGCAGCAGCUGACCAACACCCUCAUAGACCACCCUCACUCUCUGCCUUUUAACCACUCUGCCUCCCACGCCCACCCUAUCACAUCCUAUGCAAACAGUACCUCCCUGUCAUCACACUCGCAGCACUCUGGCCUGGUGUCUCUGUCCCAGUCCCCCCACCCUGGCCACCCUCGCCCCCAUGGGGUCUCUCCUCACCCCGGUGGCCCCCAGGUCCAGGUGCAGGCCACCAUGACCCCCCCUCUGACCUCUUCCCACCCCCUCAGCUCCCCACAGAUGAUGCUGCAGCGCAACACCAUGGGCAUCCCCAACAUCCCUACCUCCCAGUGGACUCUACAGGCUCAGAUGGCCCCCGGGGGACCCAAGGGCCCCACACACAUUGCCAUGCGCUCCAAGUCAGCAGCCUCUGGUCUCUCCUCCCACCCCCACCACCAGCAGCAGAUGUACAGUCACACCCGUGGGCCCCCCCAGACAGUCACCAUGCAGGCCCCCUCAUCCCGGACGCUGGCAGCCAUGCCAAGGGGCAUGAACAUGGGCACGGUCAACAUCAUGCCGGCCCCUGGUAAUCCCUACAACCAUGCUGUUAGUGUCAACUCCAUGAACAUGCCCUCUGCCUCCAUCAACCACGCCAUGAACGGCUACCACGUCACAACCCAGGGGCCAACCAUGAUGGCGGCCAAUGGUGGUUACCACAGCAACCAGAUGUCGGGCCACCAGAUGACGGCGGCCUACAUGAACCAGUCGCCCGGGGCCCAGUACGCCUCUAUGCAGAUGGGCAUGAUGGGAACACAGCCAUACCCCCAGCAACCCAUGCAGGCUCCGCCGCACAGCAACAUGUACUCUUCAGCUGGUCAGCACGGAUACAUGACCAACACCGGACCCAUGUCCAAGCAGACACUCAAAGGGCCUUUCAUCAGACGGUAACCCAUGGUUACUAACCUAACGGUUAACGAAACCGUAGCUAAUGACAAACAAACUGAAUCAAUCUGACUGGAUGUUUAAAUCACACAAAUGUGCAUUAUUAUUACUAUGAGUCCUAGAUGCACAAAUUUGGCCUUUUUUUGUUUGUUGAUAAUGUUUGUUUCUUUGUUUUCAUUUUGUUUAUAGUUACUUAAAAACCAGCACUUGGAAAGAAUGCAAAAAGUUUCAUCAACAAGCAAACUUUUUACAACAAGCUACUAUCUAUGUCAAAGUAUUUUUGUUCCUAACAGAUUUGUGUUCUUUUAGGUUCUAAGCCUUACGUCAUGAAGAUAAAAAUGUAUUUAAUUAGUAUUAGUCUCCCUGGUCACUUCUUAGGGUAGAGGGGGAAGGAGACUGGGAAGAGACUUCAUCACCGGGAGUGAGUGUAGUUAUGUAGCAGCCUCAAACUAAGCCAUCUAAUGUGCCUGCUACAAACAGACUUAAACAAGUGGAUAUUCCUAGAACCUGUUCAGUGUACCUGUCUAACAGUGCUGACGAUUAGUUUGUACUAUACUCAUGCCUUUGUAUAUUUAAAUUAUUGUACUUAUUUUGUAAAGCAUGCUUCGGUCUCCAGUCUCCGUUAGUAACAGUGCAUUGAGUAGUACUGUACAAGUGUUGUGCUUAAUAGCAAGCCAUUCUAAAUAUAUUUUGGCCUUUAUUAGGUUCCCCCUCUCACAGGGCGGGGGAGAAAGAUGAAACUAUAUUUUGUUAAUUCUAAUAAUGUAAAAAAAAAGUGUAAACUUCUUUAGUCCUGUUCUUCUGUAUGUUUGAGAGGUUUCAUUGCUAUGUAUGUAUAAUUCUGAAGUCUUUUGUAACAGAUGUCCUUCCUUGAGGCAGCUUUCUGUUUUAUAACACAGAAGACUGAUUUCUGUCAAGAUAACUAAGCAUAUCUCAGUGUUUGUACCCUGACUCUGAUUCUAAAACAUUUCAAAGAGGUGUACAAAUGUCGAAAUGUGGCGGAAUUUAAAAAAAACAACUAAAUGAUUGAUGAUUAUUAUUAAUAAUAAAGAAAUAUACAUUUAGUCCAAAGUCGAUAUUUUACAUAAAGCCUUUAAAAAGUAA